GUCACACCCCCUCGCCUUAUCUUAGUACGCCCCCGAGACCCGUGGGCGAACAACAAUAUUUAAGGAGUUUGAUGCCGCCCCGCCACACCAGCUAAUAAGAUAUGGAGACUACACGAUCACUGAAAUGAACAGUCACUGUUUAAAGAGUUAAGAAUCCCGAGAUUACCAGCAGGAUCUGGAUCUGAUCUGAACUAUGGAUGAAGACGGAGACACCAACUGAGGGGAAAAAUAACGGGGUCCCUUUAAGAUGACACGUACAGACCCCCCUGAUAUAUUAACAUCAACUUUGUAUCAAGACAUAAAAAUUAGCCCUAACUCUGGGUUCUCACAGUAUUCUGUAUCUUCUAAACAAUGUGAUUCCCAAAUGGUUGGCCCACUGGAUCAAAACUUUGAAACCAUUAACAAAAGACAUUGCCGUAGCUUUGACUUCAUUGAGUCUCUGGAUGAUCCAAAGACCUUUAACUCAUCCAUGGAGUAUCCUUACCGGUCUGAUCAACAUACAGUAAAUAAGGAUGCUGUUUGGAAUGGCAUUGGACAGCAGGGACACUUACGUUUUUCCUCUCCGGAUCUGUUCAACUCAAGACUCUCCCAACAACAAAUUAGCACAGACAAAGGCAAUGACACAGCAAGGACUAGUGCUCAUGGCAAGCCUCACUCAAAAAGUGCUCCAAGGGUUCGAGCCACCUUGACCCCUAUACCCAUCACAGUCUCCCCACCUGCAACCAUGAGGCGUCGAUCUCCAGUGGAUCCCCAGAGGAGACCUGAAGGUUUACCAAAUCGAGAAAACUCCCAUUCAACAAACAGGGCUUUAGUUAACGAGGUUCAUCCUAUCAAGCUACAACCUCAAACGCCCCUGUAUGUUUCUGAUUGUUUUGAGGAGAACAAACAGGAGACGCUAACACAAGCUAACACUCCCCAUGUCAGAUGCCGUGUUGAUAUUAAGCCAGAUGCCUCAGUUCUCCAGCACACUGCAAGAAAGGUGUCUACUCACAGAAGUAAUGUUCCCUGGCAGCUCUCUUCUGCAUCAGGGAUCAGGAACCUUUCUUUUCCAAGUCAGAUAUCCACCUGUAGAACACCUACUCCUAGUGAGUGUUACAGCAUGGACUACAGGCCAGCAUAUCAGUAUCCAAACAGCAUGUCCAGUAGUUACAUUCAGCCUGGAGAGAUCUCUUUUGGAAGGGCUUCUCCUAGAGACUCAAGGGAAUACAGAACACUGUCUAACCCAAACAUUCCAACCAAGUUCUUCUACACAGACAAUCCUUGCAGGUAUCCAGCUCAGCCACCCAGUAGAACAUAUUAUCAGGAUGACCAAUACAGUAUUAACAGCAGUACCAGCCAAAAUCCCUCCCUCAGUAAUCAGUAUGCACUUGACCCAAGGACUCGCUGGGUUCAUACAUUGCCAAUGCGUUCAUACUAUGGUGAUUCUCAUCAUGAACCCAUGAAUGGAUUCUACAAUAGACAAUGUUCAGUGAGUGAGCCAGGGCCAUACUUCCUAUCUACCCCUCAGACUGAAACAUACUUUCAGGAGGAUCCAAGAGCAUUUGCCUUUCCCUCUGACCCUUCAAAGAUGUUAUAUACACGGCCUUGCCAUUACCCAGCAGAAUUAAACAUUCCUAUGGGAGGAUACCAUACAGAGGGACGCCACCGCCCACGUACAUCCCAGGUCUUUUCAGACGACUGGCACCGGUCAAGCAUUGCUACAUAUUCCAGUCAGUAUGCAUCCUCACAGGCAACCCCUCAGCGGGUCCCAUCGUUAAGACCAUGGUAUCCCAAUGACUUUACUGAGCCAAGCCGUUUAGGCGCAGAUGUCAGGAAUUACUCAAAAUCUUGGGACAACAUUCUCAUUCCUCACAUGGACAGAGAACAUGGUAUUUCACGAGGCAGGAGCUAUGAGAACCUUCUCCAUCACGGGAGGCCAGGAGUUCCUUCUAAUAAUAGUCAACAACCAGUUAUUGUGAACCUUUCUAGUUCGCCCAGACGUUAUGCUGCAUUGUCCCUCUCAGAAAACUGUCUGGAGAAAUGUGCUGGUGACAGGCAAAACAGUGCAGGGCGGCACUGGUUUGUAACCCCAGAGAUUACAAUCACUGAUAAUGACAUCCGUGCAGCAAACAGCCUCAAGAGAAAUGGGGGAUCUAGUGGAUCUCAAACUGCAAACACACAUAACAUACAGAGACCUGCAAACCCACCUGAACCCACAGAGAGGAAAAGUAAUAAUUAUUCCCUACAGCAAAGUCUUGAACAGCUUGACGAGCUGCUCGCUGACUUAGUCAUUGAUUACAAACCUCAAAAUAGCAGGCGACCAAGCAAGGAUUUGAUAGACCAACUCAAACAAUUGAUUAAAGAUGACACAAAAGAAGGGAAGAGAGAAACAGAUCAAGAGGAUUCAGGACUUUUGAAUACAGACUCUUCAAAGACCAGCCCAGAUACACUUAAAGAUCCAGAUAGUGGUUGUGAGGGGUUUCAGAGGAGCGUUGAGGACAUCUCUUUGAACCAUAUGACAGAUGAGGAUGACACUAUGGUGUGCUCCAACAGGAAAUGCUUACAUAAAGACACUACUUUCAAUGCUUUCUUGUACUUCAAGUCCUGCCACAGCUGUUAUACCCACUACUGUUCCAGAAACUGUAGGCGAGAAGACUGGGACACACAUAAAGAAAGCUGUCUUUAUGGCCACAUCAGUAGCAUUUGCAGACAUAUACUAAAACACUGUCGAGAGAACUCUGAGGUUCAUAAAGCCUUUUCACGCAUUGCUCGGGUGGGGUAUCUGUCGCGUGGGAGGGGAGUUAUGUUUCUGGGUUUUCAAAACCCAGCGUCUGCAGAUAACUUUCUCCAGGUUGGUCUUAAGAGCCUUAUGAUUUCUCCGACAUAUCUGUCAGUUAGAGAGCUAGACAGUUUCAAAGACAACCUUGGGGAAUACUGCAAAGAGUUGCAGCAUGCAGGCAAGGAGUAUGACCCCACUGAAUGUUUCCUCUUGAAUGUAUCCAUAGCUGUUGGAGACUUAGUGCCUAAACUUCCUUCACCUAAAUUGCAAACACCAACAGUUCGCAAGUAUGCCAAGGUCUCAUUAGCCUCCUCAAGCCCAGAUAAGAAAAUCUUUAAGAAAGAAUGUGAAAUGGAAACACUAAUUCUCACUCCGCCUCCUGGGACAUCAGACAUCGACAAGGAGGGCCAAGAGGGCAGGAAAGCAAGAGAGAUAUGUUUCAUUAACAUCCAAAGGGAACUUCGUACCCGAGGGGUCUUCCUUCGCCACGAGUUCCCACAAAUAUACAACCAGCUUUGCGAGUUUGUUGAGAGCAACAAAAGAUUCACUCCUACCACCAUCUAUCCCAUAGACAAGAGAACAGGAAAACAGUUCAUGUGUAUGAUCAUGGCAGCAUCUGAACCAAGAAUGCUGGAUUGGGUUGGUGCACCACACCUUUUAGAUGACAUUAUAUAAGCCUAUGCAUCCAGUGUAAUCGAGCAUUUGACUAAUGAAUUUAGAUAUGUAUUUUAAUAGUGAUAUAAAUAUAUGACUAUUUAUUGUUUUCUUUUUUUUUUUUUCCUGUCUGCCACCAAAUACUAAAAUAAGAUUUGCUUGUGGGAUAAAAUGCUAUGUAUAGUACUGAAUAGGAGAUAUGAGUACUUAUGCUUUGUCUUAAAAUCUGCCCCUGUUAAAAUCUGUUAGAAAUUACUAUUUUUUUUAUGAUGAUGUUUCUUGAGCUAGUGUGUUGCAUUGAGGAUAUAACAUAUAAGAAACCUUUGGAAACCCUCAGGAGAGAGUCAGCUUUUCUCUUACAAUACAGUAGUAUUGUAAAAAUUCCAGGGUCUUUAGGCCCUUGUGAGAAUGAAAAUGCACUUGCAUGAAGAAUGCAUGCUGGCAAGGAAAAUGCAAAUUCACUUUAAAUUUUGAGAUGGUUGGCCAUUUCUUUAAAACAAAUUAUACUUGUAGAUCAGUAUUGCAGAUAACAGCAUAAUAUCAGGUACCUUCUUUUUAUGGAUAAAGUUAAAUAAACUGCUUAACUGAAGAUUCACUGUAUUGUACAUGGCAACUGCUUUCUGUAUUGUGUUUAUGGAGUAUUAUAUCUAUUUACAUGGUUAAAUCAGCUGAAAAGCAACUUUUAACACUUCAUAACAGGAAAACCUGCACAUUCGAAUGAAAUAAAAAAAGAUUACUUACUAAUCUUUUCAUCUGAAAUGGAGUGGUCCACCGAUAUAUCGCAGAGGCCGAUAAAUCGGCCUAUAUUCUGACUUUUUUAAUUAUUGGCAUGGGUUGAUACAUUAUCCUGUUUGGCCGAUUUGUUUCUUAAGGGCGCCGAGAAUCGCCUGCUUGCAUGUGAAGUGACUGAGACAUGUAAACGACCAGUCACGGUUUGUUUUGUUACAUGCCAUCGUGUUACUACAAUAAUAGACCUGUGUACAACACAGUGUCAUUUAAACGGCCCGCAUAUCAGAGCUGCGGCAGAUGCGUUUGAGCUCAUAAUGUUAAAGUGCUCUCCUGUUUCAUUCUCCCUCUCUCUCCUCAACAGUUCCCAGUAACUUUUAACUGUCUUGUCUAAUGAUAAAAAGGCAAAUAUAAAUAAAAGAAAUAUCAUAUAUCGUCUGUAAAUAUGCGCAUAUCUCGUUUAAACAGAUGGGCAAUAUCAGUGUUAUGGAUGUGACAUUUACAGUGAAAAUGUGAAAUUUAACUUCAUAUAAAGUACUCAAUACCAGUAUAUCAAACAAUUUAUAUGUAUAAUCAUAGACCCCUGCAGACAGAGUACAGACAUCAGAAAAAUUUCAGUCUAGACAAGUUUUUUUCCAGUUUAGAUAGGAAAAUGAGCUUGCGUUACGGAUGUGACAAAAAUGGACACAAGUUUUUGGGAGACCACACACUUUGUAAAAACUCUGUGAGUUGAAAUGCACAAUCCAGAAAUAAUAAUAUCCACCGAAUGUUGAAGGGUUGGCACUCCUAAGAAAAUAUAUAUAUACAUUUAAUUAAUUUUCAUUUUCACAUAAAUGGGGAAAAAACAGCAUUACGGACGUGACAGUAGUGAAAGCAGCAAUUACAUCAUGAGGGGAAACCAUCCAAAACACUUUAAAAUCUGCAUACUUCAACCUUAAACUUCAACUAAAGGGUCAGGAUCAAAAGUUCCUCUGAUUCACAAAUCAUGACCGUCACUCUGUGUCAAUCCAAGCAGGCGAUCCAGGCCGUUUAAAUUGUCAGGAGAUUGCUGCUGCUCGCACUGGAUCCGCAUGAGUGCAACUUCAAGGAGCCCAUUAAAAUGCUGCCACUAGAGGCUAUAUACAUAGGUAUGAUGAAAAUAAGGUGCUUUUCAAACUGUUCGGAGACCAGAUUCAUUAAACAGCUGUUAGUUAAGCCAUUAACUGAUUAGGCAGCAAGGUAGCAAGUCAGCUGCCUACUUUUUUGGAUGCAGCCCAAGGUAAAAGCGCUUCACGUGUUAAAGUAAAUGUCUUAUCCAAUAUGCACUGUAUGUACAGUUGGUUUGAUUCGGCAUUUCUUGAGUAAAUGCGAUUGUUAAUGCACACAUGCCAUCCAUGGUUGCUGGACUACUGUGUGUACUGUUAUUUCCUUCUUCCUAAUAUAUUAACAAUUUCUUCAUGUGCAAACUAAACAGAAAUCUGAAGAAACUGCUAUCUUCCAUUUAAAAUACAAUAUUAUUUUUGAGUUUUGUGUGAAAUUGAGUAAAUAUAAUGCUAAAUAAGAGUUUAUACAAUUUUAUGUUUGUUAUUUACUAUAUUCAAUUGUGUGAUAUAUCGGCAUUGUAUCGGCCUAGCGGCCACCCUGCUCUCUGGAUAUCGGCAUCAGCCAUUAAAAAAAACAUAUCGGUCGACCACUACUGAAAUUAAUGGUUAUCAUAUACUUUUGAGUGUUCAUAUUCUCUUCACAGUAUUCUAAAGUUCUGGUUUCACGAUGACCUGCUACUGAAACACUCAUCAAUUGAAAGAUGACUGUUGAGAUAUAUAAAAAUGUAUAUAAAAUAUGCUAUUCAUAUUUUAAUCAUUUAUAAUGACUGAUUCAACUUGUAUGCCUAUAUUUGAAAUGUAAUAUUUCAUGAUUCAAGCAAUGGUGGAAAACACCAUUGUAUGCAAGAAUGUGUUAGAUAGCACUUUAAUAAGCCUGUGAGGGAAAACAUUUAUUUAGACAGCCUAGUUAGAUAAUGUAAUUAACAGCAUGCACACAACACACCUUACAGUGAUUAAAAGAUUUCUGCUGCCAUUUUCAAAUGCCAUUAUUUAUUUAUUUACUUAAUUAUUUACACUGCUUAUUACAGUUGUGUUUUGUUGACAAAUGUUGCUUUAUUUCUGUACUAUGGUCAAUAAAUGAAACACCCAAGGGUC